AUGAAAAGUCGCCGAGUAGGGCUUGCUAGGCCUAGGAUUAGACCAUCUAUGCCUCCAGAGUCGCAAUCACUAUCUCACACUCAGGAAUCCACCCAACAACCCUCUAUCGAGGUUCGUCCUUCUUCGCCAAUUACAACUGAUCUAGUAACCUCUGGACCUUCAUCUUCACAACCUGUUGAAGAGCCCUCACUUGUUUCCGGUACCAGCUCCCUUGGACAACAAGGUCAAAGCAGCUUGGUCGAGGAAAGUGCAGAUAGCGGUUUAGGAUGGACUCAAUCGCAAAUUCAGCAGAAUAAGAAGGAAAUUGAUCAUAAGCAUACCAGAGAGGAGGGAUUGCAGGGUAUCAGAGAAAGAUCAGAAGAAGGAGUGAUAACUUCACCUGAGAUACCUAGUCCUGGACCAAAAUGGAAUACCAAAUCCCCUUCACCUGCGCGGGCUGUUCAACGAAGCUCGCCAGAUCCAGAGGUCGAUGUGGAUCAAUUAGAAGAGUCAGCUCCUAACAGGUCUAUAGGUGGACUAGAGGAGACAGAAGUGGAUACUCAGACACCUCAUGUACAGACACCAGAACAAUCUCAACCUCCUUCUACACCUCCUUCCCGUUCACAUAAUCUUCCUCAACCUCCUAUCAUACCAAAUGUGACGAAUCCAACCCGUCAGCUUAGAGCUGUGACUUCAUACUCGCCGAAAAAGCUUACUCCAAACUCGAGAAAGCGAAAUGGUGAUCUGACCAAGAUCACCCAAGCUCACACAGCACCUGUGAAUUUCGACAAGCCCAUGGUAUUUCCAUCAUCAAGAAACCAAAGACGUAAAGCGGAAUCACUGGAGAGCGAGGAGUCAGACUUUGCGAAAGAACUCACGACAACGAAACCACGAACUCCUUACGAGCACUUCAGCGGGAUCAUGGAGAGAACCUCUCACCAUCACCUUGACACCAUUCCUGAUCGCUCCAAUUUGCAAGGCCCUUCCGCCAUAUCGACUGAAGAAGAGGAAGAGAUCGAGGACCGUCCCCCAAGAAGUCCUAGGGUCCCCGUGAUGAACGAUGGAGAUACAGACAGGGGUGGUUCUGAUGAAGAAGAGGAAGAUGGCGCAAUUAAUUGGGAAGUAUCUUUACAACCCGCAAACAAAUCAUCGACAGAUACCGACGACCAUCAAGGCUCAACCCCUCCGCCGUUAUCAGACCAGGCCGAUGCCCAUGGCGACCCCUCUCCACAUUCAUCGCAGUUACAGAUUAAUGGAAAUCAAACCCGUUUCAACCAAAUCGCCGGAUCUGAAUCACAACCCUCACAGCAGAUGGACUUCGACAACGGUCAUCUUUUCUCAGAUGCGGAUGAAGGCUACAUCGGUUAUCCUGAAUCACAGCCAUCAUUACCUCCUCUCGCUGCUACUCAGGCUCGACAGCCCAGCUCUUCGGCCCUCGAUUCGAUCCAUGAACAGCCGAUACCAGAAGCCGUCUAUGAACCGACUCAGCCUGAUGAGACGCAGCAAAUUGCACCGCAAUUGCCGAUCGAUGGGGAUGAGACCGAUAAUGAUGUACCUCCAAAAUCACCAUCUCCGCCUCGUCCCAUCAUGUCUCGAGCCGCUUCGAAUAUUUCCACCGCUUCGAAAAUCAGCGUGCCUUCCCAUCGCCAACUUUCUCGUAAACCAAGAAGCGGUGACGAUUCGUUCAUCAGUCUAGUCAAGCUUGACCCUCCACCUAAUUUACCCCCAACAGUGUUACCCCCGAGGGCCAGUGCCCUUCCACCUAAACCGAUCCAAUCGGAAGCUGCCCUCGCACUUCCUAGCUCCUCGCCUUUCAAGCAGUCAUCCCUUCAUCGGACUAGCUCGGAGCCACCUGCGCCGCAGGAAACUCUCAAGAACAGCUUGGAUAAGGAAUCGAGCUCGAUCGAGAGCAAAGCUACAAAUGAUAUGUCAUCGAACAAUCGAGUAGUCAGUAGUCCCAACGACCAACUGAACCGAGUCUUCACUCCACCUCCUGGAAAUCCUUCAUCGCCUUUCAGACCCCCUCCUACACCGUCCUCUCCAUCACUGGAAGCUGCUGGGCAGCCGGAUGCUCCUGCAUUAUCAACUGUCCUGGAGGAAACUCAGAAGAACAGCGCAUCCCUACCACCAGCUAGACCCGUCAAGGUGUCUCCGAAACAAUAUACCAAUCGCAGCAAGAGAAAGAGAAUCUCCUCUACUCCUCCAGUGGGGUAUAACAGUGACUCUAGCACGGACAGCAGCAGCGCCCCAGAAGACCAGGAAGACAAUACUUAUCGUCCCAAGCCGGCGUACAAGAAAAGAAAGAAGACUUACGCAGCGUCAAACACAUCUUCUAAAUCCGCUGCUACGCCAGAUACUACGGUCAUUCCGUCUUCGAAAAGAAAGCGAAAGCCAAUUGUUCGUUCAAGCUCCUUAUCAUCCGACGGGGAAAGCAGCUCUUCUGCACCUGAAGACUUGGAAGAUAAUACAUAUCAGCCGAGUUUCUUACCGAAGAUCAGGAUCAAAACGGAGAAAGGGAAAGGUAAAGCGAAUGCUUCGGCUCCUAGUAGUACAGCAUCGAGUAGACCGCCAAUCACCAAGAAGGCAAAAACCAACGCCCAUGUCGCUCGACUCUCUCCAACUGUCUCAACUGCCUCUGAGGCUAUAGUCACACCCCAGCCCAUUCCGGUUUUGGCAGCUUUCUUCCAACGAUACUAUCCUGGUAAAGCCACCUGGACUGGAAAAGCGUACAAAGUGAAUUUUGAAGAUGGGGAGAAGAGGGAUCAUAUAAAGCCUGACCAAAUGCGCAAACUGAUGCUGAAAAAAGGUGAUCGUCUAGAAGCUUGUACGGAGAGUGAAUUCCCACCGAAAUUUGAGGUUGCUGAAGAUUGGGAUGGAGAUCUAAAAGGGGUUAAGUGCUGUAGUGUUGAAGGAGAGAAAUUAGGAAGAGUGAAGUUAAACCUGUUUGGAAUCAGUAACAAGGUCAUUCACGCUUCUUUUGGCGGUCGAUUAUUUGAGGAUCCCCAUCAGCAAGCGAAAAAGCCAAAUGGGAUGUUUAGACCUGCUGGAGAUAGGAUGACAGGACGAAUCUCAGUUCCUCGAUCACCUGUCAAGCGAGUUAAUGGUCAUGGAAAUGGAUCACCAGCUGCAGCUCGACGAUCGGUCUCGCCUACUCGAUCAACCUCUGAAACCCUCAAAGGAAUGCUGUUCCUUCUUACAAGAGGACUUCCGCACGAUCAAGCUGAGAUAACGAGUGCGAUCCGAUCGCAAGGCGGUAAGAUCGCGAGCUCAUGGGAAGAACUGUUCGAUCGAUCUUCACCUGGCGAAUGUGGCUUUUCGAAAAAUCUAUCUGGAACCCCAUUUGUCAUUUUGAUGGGAGAAGGGAAAGAGGGAACGAUCAUCACACCGAAAGUCAUGGUUGCUCUUGCCAAAGGUAUACCAGUUUUGAGUUCGCGGUUUGUUGAUGAUGUAGUGGAUCAGAAUGAGAAGGUGGAUUGGACAUCGUACCUUAUCUCACCCGGUUUCUCCAAUCAUGUGGAACAUUACAUGUCGCAAGUGGUCGAUACGCACUGGGGAGAGGACGAAUGGGAGUUACAUAGAGCCGGACCAAUCCGUAGACCUCUGAAAGGGAAAAAGGUUCUGUUCGUCCUUCCUUCAGCGAAGUAUGAUAGUCUAAAACGAUUGAUACCGGUGUGCGCCUAUUCAAUGGGAGUAGAGGAAAUCCUACUUACCCCGAACCUCAAAUCCAGCGAAACGACUAUUCAAGAUAAUAAAUGGGAUUAUAUCUUGUUUGAAGAUAGGGAAUACAAAGAUAAGGUAAUACCUACAUGGCUUAGCUCUGAGGAAGACAGACUGUGUAACAUUCAUUGGCUCAAGCAGUGUCUUAUCAUGGGAAAAGCUUUACCUCCCUCGCUUGAUGUUGAGCCAAUACAGGAAAAGGAUAAGAAGAAGGAUAAGUGA